AUGGAGCAGCCAAACAUCAAUGUUCACCGACGCAGAUCUCUGCGGCGAUUCUCGCUCUUUACCGUCACGCUCGUUUUUGCCGCCUUGCUCUUCGUGGGCACGACGUCGUUCUCGAGCCUCCCCAGCAACUCUGGCACGGGGGAUAUUCACCUGGAUCACUUAAAACGAGCGGUUCCUCUGUCCGGCUCGGCUGUUGGGUGGCACUCUCGUGCCCUGGCGAGGCCUGCCCCAAACUACGCACCUAAGAAGGCCGACCUUGCCUUUACCGCGACACAGAAUACCUUGAUUGGUAGCCAGUUCACCAUGGCACUGUUCAAGCCGAAUUACGCAGUCGACGCUGGUGGAAAGAUUCUUCGGAUAACGGCAUCAGAUUUCGUGGCUUUCCAAACCUUGAUUCAGCAAGUCGGGACCCUUCCCAAAGUAGGCUGGUCCGUCGCCCAUAAUCGAACCGACUAUCCCGUCGAUAUCUUGAAGACACCCGCUGGAUUGUAUGCGUCGGUCUAUGGAUGGGAUAGCGCAACAGACGUGCUCACUGGGCCAACUGCAGGCUACACAAAGCUUCCGCCAUCACUGCAGAGCUUGAUUGGUCUGGCCCGUGAGGCUUGGGAGGGCUAUACUUACUUCAGCGCACGCAAUCAAACUCUCAUCAACCAGAUCCUCUCUUUCUAA